AUGCUGCCGUACCUGUUCCCCGAUCUGUCCACCUUUACUACAGUCGCCGAUCUUAUCACCCACCUUCGCACUAGUGAUGCUCGCCUGCGUGCCGCCCUUCCCACCGAGUUCUGCGCUAAGAACCCCCCUCCACUGUACUGGACACUCCACUUCAUAGUCACCCGUCUCCCUGACACCCUCCGCUCAGUUCGAGACCACUUCCUUGCUCGCUGUCCCACUGAGCUCACAGUCGCCCUCCUAGAGGAGCACCUGCUCGCGGCCGAAAAGAGCAUUGUAGCUGUCGGUGCUGCUCGUGGCGCUCCUCGCACCCCCAUCUUUGAGGGGUGUUCUCCCUCUCCCCUCGCUCCCUCCUACGCUGCUGCUGCUGCUGUUGACUUCCUUGGUGCUGAGUCUGUUGGCGCUGCUUCUACUCCUGGUGGGAGGCGCCGCACCGGCAAGGGCAAGGGGGGCAAAAGUGGUGGUGGUGGCGCUGGGGGGGGAGGAGGUGGGGGAGGUGGGGGGGGAGGCGGUGCUGGAGGGAGCGGUGGCGGGAGCGCUGGUGGGAGUGGGGUCGGUGGUGGAGACGGGGGCGGCGGAGGGAGCAGUGGCAGUAGUGGCGGCGGCGGCGGUGGCGGCGGUGGCGGUGGUGGCGGUGGUGGCGGUGGCGGUCGGAGCGGUGGUAGUGGUGGCGGCGGAGGUCGGAGUGGAGGCACUGGCUCUGGCCAGAGCUCCCAGCAGCAGCAGCGUCCCCAGACGACCCAGCAGCUUCGUGAGUGGCUUGCUCAGCGUGGGACGUCGGGGGCCAGUGCCCGCUGUUCUUAUGUCAUUCGCACAGGUGACCGCAAGGGACAGACGUGUGGGAGGUUCCACACCCCGUACCGCUGCUUCUCCCGCCUUGACGACGCUUGGCGUGAGGAGAUGGGUGCGGAUGUUGAGCGCCCCCGCUGGGCUGAGCUCAUGAGGGCUGGUGUUGAUGUCUUUGCUCUUGACUAUGAUGCUAUUAUUGCUGCCAUGUAUGCAUUGACUGUUAGUGCCGAGGGAGACUGUUACCUGUGUGUGCCGCCUGACCCAGGUAUAGAGCCUGCUGCCCUGGGUACUAGUGAGUCUGCUCUCUCUGGUAUGGUGCCCCCUGUACUUGCUCCCCCCAGUGCUGUCCCGGCUGGUUUCGAGUCUGCUCUCUCAGGUACAGCACCCACAGAGACUGCUCUCUCAGCUCACACCGCUUCCUGCACCGGUCCCAGUCUCCUUGGCUGA